CCCGGGCACUGCAUUGCAGUUGCCUCCACCAUCAUUUGAUGAUCUUUGCUGCAGGCACAUCGUCCAUCCGACAUUCUGCUCGCUGCAGCUGAUCCCCCUCAAUUGCACCCCAAAUCCUCCUCCACUCAAUCCUCUCUCGCUGCACGACCAAGUCGCGUUCCUCACCGACUUACAGCUUUUGCACUGGUGGCAGCCGCUGGAGAACGAGAGGCCCACGAACGAUUGCUCAUCAUGUCGAGCUUCAUUACCAACUUAUUUCCUUCUUCACAAGGAGGAAAGCACGACAAUAUCAUGCCCGUACCGCCUCCUCCUCUGCAUACUCGCUCGAGCCAAAAUGAAUCCUUCAACAACGAGCGGCCGAAUACCCCAAAUCGAAACAGCUUCAUCACUCCAGUCUCGACUCCGCAGGGCAGCCCGAGCAAGAAUCGAAACCCCCCUGGUGCUAAUGACCUGCCAGUCGCUUUUGAGAGCUCCCUGAAACUUACGGCAAAUACCUUUGGCAGCCCAACGAAGGGUGGCCGCUCGCAGGCAGGCACUCCGUUAUCCCUGGGGAGGAGUAACGCAUUGGCGAUUGACGAUUCCUAUUUCGGCAACUCUCCAGGCAAUAUUGAUGAUAGCAUCAUCCACAAAUCAGCUGCGAUUUCUCCUGGUAGCCCACUGCGGAAACAGGGCAAGGAAAACACACCUCCGACCUCCAGACAAGGCCUCGAGUCAAGCGCCCAAAACCAAGCAGCCAUCUCGAGGCAGGAGCUUUAUCAGCCACGAGAGCAGCAACCUACGAAGAAGUACAACACGCAGCGAGGCUUGACUGCAGACGAGCUGGAGAUUCUGAGCAAGCCCAAUGUCAAACGACUCGCCAACGUCACACAGCUCUAUUUCCUAGAUUACUAUUUUGAUCUCUUGACCUACGUCAGUGCUCGCCAGAACCGCCUUAAUCACUUCAAAGCCGAAUUCCCCGAGCCUCCUGCUACUGACGAAGAAACAUACAAUCCUGUCUGGUCAAAAUACGUUGGUAGAGAGCGCGCCAAUCUCCGAAAGCGUCGAGUUCGCCUUCGGCAAGGCGACUUUCAGAUCCUCACGCAAGUUGGACAAGGUGGAUAUGGUCAAGUUUUCCUUGCGCAGAAAAAGGACACUAGGGAAGUCUGUGCGUUGAAGGUUAUGAGUAAGAAGUUGCUAUUCAAGCUGGACGAAAUUCGACAUGUUCUUACGGAGCGUGAUAUUUUGACCAAUGCUAAGAGCGCGUGGCUCGUUCGGUUACUCUACUCGUUCCAGGAUGAUAAGAGCAUUUAUUUGGCAAUGGAGUAUGUACCUGGUGGGGACUUCCGAACACUGCUCAACAAUACUGGUGUCCUUGCAAACCGCCACGCCCGUUUCUACAUUGCGGAAAUGUUCUGCUCUGUCGAUGCCUUGCACCAACUUGGCUACAUCCAUCGAGAUCUCAAACCUGAGAACUUCCUAGUUGAUUCAACAGGCCACGUCAAGCUUACGGACUUCGGGCUUGCUGCUGGAUUCCUUGCUCCGGGCAAGAUUGAAUCCCUGCGAGUGAAGUUGGAAAAGGUUGGAGAAACAUACGUCCCAUUUGGCAAGCCAAUGGAUCAGCGGACUGUCGCCGAGCGUCGGGAAGGAUAUCGAUCGAUGAGGGACAGAGACGUCAAUUACGCGAAGUCAAUCGUAGGAUCUCCUGAUUAUAUGGCCCCUGAAGUUCUCAAGGGUGAAGAGUACGAGUUUUCGGUCGACUAUUGGAGUCUUGGUUGCAUGCACUUUGAGGCCUUGACUGGAUUCCCACCUUUCGCCGGUGCCACAGUUGAUGAGACUUGGAAGAAUUUGAAGCAUUGGAGAGAGGUUUUGAAGCGACCAGUCUGGGAGGACCCCAACUAUUUCAUCAGCAAUCGCACCUGGAAUUUCAUCACGAGCUGUAUCGCAUCCAAGACAAAGCGUUUUUCCUCUAUCAAGGACGUCUACGAGCAUCAAUAUUUUGCUGAGGUUGAUUGGAAGACUCUUCGAUCUCAAAGAGCUCCUUUUGUUCCUGAACUCGACUCCGAGACCGACGCUGGCUACUUCGACGACUUCAGCAAUGAAGCGGAUAUGGCCAAGUACAAGGAGGUUCAUGAUAAGCAGACUGCCCUAGAAAAUAUGGCUGAUAGAGAUGACCCGAUGAGCAAGAGCUUAUUCGUCGGAUUUACAUUCAGACACCGCAAACCAACGACCGAGGAAGGGGGCAAGUCAAGUCCGAGAAAACCCAUCGCUACUGAUGGGACCUUUGGUACGAUGUUGUGAUGAAUUGAUGCAUGUGUCGAUGCCUAUUUCGCUUCUAUUGUGCGUUAUGGUUCAUUGACGGCGCGUGUGUGUGUGUGUGGGUGGAGCACUAGAGGAGCGGUAUUUGCAGUGGAGCAAGUGCAAAGCGUUAUGCCAAAAUGAUUGCUGCGUUGACGGUCAGUCUUCUGAGAUUAUAUCUACUUUUUCGGGUUCUGUUUGGAGUUCAAGAUGAGCUGUGCUGGGCAUGCAGGCUGUGUCUGUACUAAUGGCUAUGAAUACAAUUGAUGACUUUAUCUUGUAUGGGUGUUGAUUUGGAUGUCUCUGAUUAAUCCUCGC